AACCACGCCCCUUUUUCAUCCCCCCCCCCCCCCCCAAACACAACUCUCCCCUAAAACCCUUUCGCACCAUUUAAUACGCUCUUUCUACCUUGAACUCUCCUUUCGCCGGCACUGAGCUUUAAGUGGAACGUGCGAGCUAGAAGCAAAGAGGAUAGGGGAAAGACACGCAUUGGUAACAGCUCACACUGUCGCACCCAUCCGCCUAAGGCGAAAAAUAGCCGCCCUGAUACCGUAUCGUAGACAACUGACUGGCUCCUUUUGUCCCAGAUCAUUUGUCAUCAUCAAGUUAUCUGACCCGAGGUUCUGUCUCCGCUUCUUCCCCGGACCCAGAACACCGAUCGCCUUUUACCAAGCCCGAGCAACCGAACAGGCACAAACUCUACGAAGCGCUCAAUAACCAUUACUCCGAAACCCUCAACUCCCGCCCUCGGAUAGUCGGAUAGCUCGGUUCCCGGAUAGGACCAAUAUACUGCGGCCACCAAAACCGUCUUUAGGAAAAGCUGGCUGGAAAGAGACGUACGUUGACCAGCUCCGGCGGUGGUUUAUUCGCCAGGAUGUUCGGAAAUAAUAAUCCACUCCCAGCCAAUACUGCGGAGGCAUCGCCUCCCGCAAAACCCACUAGCCCCCCCGCUCCUCCGCCCCUUAAUACGGCUGCAGUGGUAACCCCGCCGCCCCCGGAGAAAAAGAGGAGGGGAUCCGUCUCCAAGGCUUCGGCGUUCAUCGCAUCUGCGAGGAACUCGCUCUCUGGUUUGGGGAGCAGCAAUGAAGAGAAGGAAUACGAGAAAGCCAUAAAACAGGACCCGAGCACAGUUCCUGUUGGUCCUCAUAACAACUCGGCCGGAGACUCGAGACCGGGGCCAAAGAGUACAUUUAGAGUUGGGGUGACGGAGGACAAGAAUAAGAAGUGCAGGAGAACCAUGGAGGAUACGCAUUCGUACCUAUACAACUUCUUGCAGACCUCGACGUCCAACCCUCCGGGAACCUCUUCCUCGACCGCUACAUCUGCUUCUGGUGCCGACUCCUCCCUAUCGAAUGAAGAGCCAGUUGACGACUCAGACAAUGGUUACUUUGCGAUCUUUGAUGGACACGCAGGAACAUAUGCGGCUGAUUGGUGUGGGAAGAAGUUACAUUUGGUGCUUGAGGAAACGAUUCGGAAAAAUCCCAAUACACCCAUACCAGAGCUCCUUGAUAUCACGUUCACCAAUUGUGACGGCCAGCUGGAAAAACUGCCUGUUAAGAAUAGCGGUUGUACAGCUGUUUGUGCGGUCUUGAGAUGGGAGGAAAGGAGAUUGCCCGGCGCUCUUGCCGAUGCGCCAAAGGAGAAUGGGAGUGGUAAUAAUGAGAAUGCUAAGCCCGCUACAACCCAACAAACCGAGAGGCAGAGAGUGUUGUAUACUGCAAACGUAGGAGAUGCCAGAAUUGUUCUUUGUAGAAGCGGCAAAGCCUUGAGAUUGAGCUAUGAUCAUAAGGGGAGUGAUGAGAAUGAAGGGAAACGUGUUGCCAACGCCGGGGGGCUCAUAUUGAACAAUCGUGUCAAUGGAGUUCUAGCCGUAACCCGUGCUUUGGGCGAUAGCUACAUGAAGGAGCUAGUCACUGGACACCCUUAUACCACCGAGACAGUUCUUCAACCCGAGGCAGAUGAGUUUAUCAUUCUCGCUUGUGAUGGGCUUUGGGAUGUCUGUUCAGACCAGGAAGCCGUUGACCUCGUCCGCCAGGUUCAGGACCCCCAAGAAGCCAGUAAGAUGCUCGUCGACCAUGCCCUCGGCAGGUUCUCGUCCGACAACUUGAGUUGCAUGAUCGUUCGUCUAGAUCCUACUGGAAAAUUCAAUGGCAUAAAGAGCAACGAUAGUAACGAACCCAAAGAAGGCGCCCCACCGCCCCUGGCCCAAAAGCUCUAACCAACUGAUGCGAUCGGGGAAGAAACAACGGGUGAAAAAUAUUCCUACUUUUUUUCGUCAUACUUAGAGUGUUUUUUUUCACAGGAAGGUUAGAGCUGUGCAAUAGUUUGGGGGAGGCAUUCUUACUUAUCCUUUACGUUUCUUCACGUUCCUAUGGCGGGGGCAUGCUUCGUUUUGCUUAUCUUGCUCACUCUUUUCCGUUUCUUAUGGCUUCACCACAGGUGUGAUUGGGGGGGGCAUCAAAUUGACAGCUUUUGCGAUAUUCUUACGACUUAUUCUAGCACACACUUUGUUCCUCUACUUUUCUGGUGAAAAAACGAUUGGGAUUCCAUGGUCAUUCGUUCCUUUCGCUACCGAUGAGAUUGUGUAGCGAAUGCGGAACGUUGAUACCCAUAGUGGACGCUACUAUUGAUCAGCUCUAUUGUAUUUUAUAUCAAUAUUACUUGUGCUUAGCUCAUUUUAGCAGCAUUCCUUCA